CAAACACCUAAGCGUUAUCGCUAUCAUUUCUGUGUGAGCUACUAUCCAAAAAUUUGCGAAUAUUUUGACCAGAAAAGUGAUCUAAUUUUUAAAGCUUCACCUUGGGAGACAUAUUGCAAUAAUUAAGUAAUGCCACCACCACAAAGUCUACCGUGUGGUCCCUACUGCGGCAAUGGUUACUGCGCAUCGCACUGCUACUUCAAAAACAUGCCACCCACACCGUCACACGAGCAGCUAUGGAAACCGCCACCAUAUAGCGAGGCGACUUCUUCACGGGAUCCUAGUACACUGAACAGACCAUCUGGUCCACCUGGACCUCAGCACCGCCUGCCGUCACCAGGAUUUCCACAUCCACCCAUGCAACCACCCAAACAACGUAAACGAUGUGGUUUUAGUGAGGUUCGACAGAUGCAAGUUCGCAAUCAACCACCAAAUGGAGACUCAGCACCCUCCCUACACUACCACCCGUCACCACCCAAUACUGAUGAUCCCUACCCACCAGUCCAUCGUCCACUAUGAAGAGUAUACCCAACCAAAAGUUUAAGAAGCAAGAAACCUAAUUGUUAUUCACGUGAUAUAAAAGGGCAUGCAAAUGUCUAAGUUUUUAAUUUUAAUUUUUAAUGCAGAUUUUCUUUUAUUGUUAAACUUAAUUUACCUACUGAGAUAUGUAGGUAUUGUAACCGUGACAUAGGAGUAAGAAAUAAUAUUGUGGUAACAGAGUUCCGCAUUAAUUGUUAUUAAUAAUAAUAGUGCGUUUAGUUUCAAUCCCGUCUGGGGUUAUAGAAAUAUUAUCAUUUUCUUUCUUUUACGAGUACGAGUUUCUUUGCUUGUACAAUUUUAUAUGUGUGUACCUACUUUAUCCAGAAAAUCUACCUAAACGUUUUUAUUUAUU